GUCAGUGUAAAGUCAGUGUCAGACUGGAACUGGUCCGACGUCAGCUGGGUGCGCUUCUGCUGGUCAGGGAGUGGAAAGGCAAUAAAACAGGACACUUAACCGGCAAAGAAUUCAGGUUUUGAUACUGUUGGACAAACGAUAACAGUACUUCCAUUUUCAAAGCGAGACGUCCCGCUGGUUCUCCAGAAUGUUCUUACUGAGGAAAGUAUCUUAUAGGUAACACAUAAUCACGGUGGACUGUGACGUUGAGAUGGUCACGUGGGCCGCCUUGCUGACAGUAUGCAUAUGGAUACAAACACAAAGUGCUUCAGGACAGCACAAAUGUCCAACUACUCCUCGCGUUUUAGUGGAUUUCACUGUGAAUUACUCCCUCCCCUAUGUCCAAACAGAAAAACCUAUACAGAACAUAGCAGUGAACUUGGAUGUGCAACAGCGAGAGGUGUAUGUUGCAUCACAGAAUGUGAUAGAGGCUGUCAAUGACACUUUGCAUAAAACGUGGGAGGUGAAAACUGGACCUGUUGGCAGUCCUGAUUGUAAAACUUGUCAGCUGUGUGACAUAGAAACAGAUCCUAGGGAUCCAGUGGACACCGACAAUGAGGUUUUGCUUUUGGAUCCCGUUGGAUCUCUCUUACCCUACCUGUACAUUUGUGGGAGCACUCAGCACGGGAUCUGUUACUUCAUUGACAUUAGCUUUCCACAGCCUGAGCCUCGAUGUUUAUACAAAAAAGAGCAAAACUCUCCGUCUAACUGUCCUGACUGUCUGGCCAGCCCACUUGGCACCAAAGUCACUAUUGUUGAACAGGGAGCCACAUCACUCUUCUUUGUUGCAGCCUCCGUUAAUGACAAAGUCACACAGAGGUAUCCAAGGAGGUCAAUAUCAGUGUUGAGGCCGCUUUCGACUGAAGAUGGCUUUCAUAUGCUCACGAAUGGCCUGACAGUGCUCCCAGGUCUACAGAACUCUUACAGUAUUGACUACAUCUACAGCUUCUCCACCAAGGACUAUGUCUACUUCCUCUCCCUGCAGAGGGAAAAUCCCUCAGAUAGCAAGUCAGCUUUUCAGACUCAUCUGGGACGACUGCCGAUAUUAAUUCCCGAGACCUGGAUGUACAGAGAGGUGGUCCUGGAGUGCCGGUUUGAACCAAAGCGCAGGAGGAGAAGGAGGGAGGGUUUCAGGGACAUUGUGUAUAACGGGCUACAGGCAGCCUACUUUGGGCGAGCAGGGAAGGACUUGGCUAACGAGCUGAGAGUGGCCGAGACAGAAGACAUCCUGUAUGGGGUUUUUGCAGAGGUGAAUGAUCAAGGUGAACCUCAGAAGAACUCAGCCUUGUGCGCCUUCCCUUUGACUAAAGUAGACCAUGCAAUUGACAAAGGUGUCGAUGCGUGCUGCAAGUCAGGUCCAGAGCAGCUUUCCAGAGGACUCUGUCACUUCCAGCCGUGCGAGAGCUGCCCACAUGAGAGCUCUGAGGGCAACGACACAUGCAGUGCCAAACCCACUCUGGUGUCAAAGCCGUACUACAGACUAGACCUCUUCAACAGGCAGAUGAAAGAUGUCCUGUUCACCGCUGUCCUUGUCACCAAAAUUGGGAAUCACACGCUGGGCCACUUUGGUACCUCAGAUGGCAGGAUACUGCAGGUCAUCCUGUCGACAUACAGGACUAUUGUUUUUGCCAACUAUUCUCUUGGAGAAACCCAAGUAUCCAGGACAUCAGCUGUGUACUCAGAGGAUUCACUUCUUUUUGUAGUUGGAAAUAAGAUGUUCAGGGUGCCAUCUGUAGGACCGGGUUGUGAACAUUUUAUGACUUGCUCCACGUGUUUGACGGCUCCAAGCUUCAUGAACUGUGGCUGGUGUUCGGGAAUCUGCUCGAGGCAACAUAAGUGUACCUCGCAGUGGAACAAAAAGUCUUGCGCACCUGUCAUAACAGAGUUUUUCCCCAAAACGGCACCUGCUGGUGGUGAAACAGAGCUGACGCUGUGCGGUUGGGAGUUUCAGUCUCCUCUGCGACCAGCCAUCAUCAGCGGACAAACUCACAGCAUCACAGUGGGCUCAGGGACCGUGUGCACUGUCCUGCCUGAAAAGAGCAAUAGUGAAGAGCUUGUUUGCAAGAUUCAGGAAAAAAUACCAAACCAGAACCUCACGAUCACUCUGGAAGUUCAUGAGGGGGACGUGGAGGGCGUCUACUCAAUUGAUGGCAUAGAGCAGGUGCAUGGCAUCUCUUUUGUGGAGCCUAACAUAACAGAAAUCCUGCCUGACUAUGGACCCAUGUUUGGAGGAACACUGGUUACACUGACAGGCAGAUAUCUUAAUUGUGGGGUAAAGAGAGAUGUCUUCAUUGCUGACAAAAAGUGUAACAUUCAAAGUACUCUUGAAAGAAAUGGGACUUCUUCGAUUGUCUGCCUCACAGCGGCUGUAACAGGUGUCAGGAAGGUACCUGUGAAAGUCGUCAUUGACAGCUUUCAAGUGACUACCACUAAGAUGUUCCUCUACAAGAACAACCCUGUUAUAAAUUCUGUACAUCCUAACUGUAGUUUCAGAAGAGGCUCCAAGUUGGUGAUAGAGGGUCAAGAUCUUGACUCUGCCCACAAAACUGUGGUCCAGUAUAUUCCCAAAAAUGCCCGCAUGAAAUCUUAUCAACAAGUCUGCAACAGCAAGGCGAAUGCCACCCACACGGAGUGCCGGGCCCCUGUUAUUCCACUCGACAUGUUAGAGGAAAAGCUUGACACAGGAGAGAUUUUUAUACACAUGGAUGGAAAAAGAAAUGUCUGGUCGGGACGUUUUGACUACCAUCCUGAUGCCAAAGUCAUUCCCUUUGAAAGUGAUGACGGUGUUUUACUUCUAAAACCAGGAGACAAUGAGGUUUCACUGCAUCAUGACAAACUGAAUACUGUCAACUCAUGUAUGAACAUCACAAUGACCAUUGGGGGUGUGAACUGUAAUGCCAGGGUUCUGUUAAAUGAGCUGACCUGCAGGAUUCCUAAAGGCCUUAUUAUCCCCAGUGAGGGAUUACUUGUCAAGGUGUAUGUGAAUGGGGAAGUUUCUGAUGUGGGCACUGUGGUCCAUCAUGAGAGCAACAAUUACACAGUUAUUGUGGGCAUUGUGCUGGGCAUCCUUGCUGCCUUGGUGGUAGGUGCUGGACUCGCGUUAUUUGUGAUGAUCCAUUUGAGGAAGAAAAAGAGAGCCAGCAUAGAGAAUCGGUUAUCAACAAUGCUUUCACGGAACCGCAUGGGCAGCAAUCAGGAUUUUUCACCAACAGGUGACUACAGACGGGUUGACUUGACCAGUCAAACAUCAGGUUCAGGAGGAAUGGCGUUCCAUGGUUUACUGUACGCUGCCAGCUAUGAUCAUCUGUCCAUUCCUCUACUGCCACGGGACAAUAUCUCAAUGGUCAGUUUAAGCUCUGAACUCCUUGAAGAGGUCAAAGAUGUCCUGAUCCCUGCUGAUAUGCUUCGAAUUGAGGACAGUCAGAUUAUUGGCAAAGGUCACUUUGGGACAGUUUAUCAUGGAUACCUGAUAGACAGCAGUAAGCAAGAGAUGCACUGUGCUGUUAAAUCAUUGAACAGGAUCACAGAUUUAGGAGAGGUGGACCAGUUCCUCAGAGAGGGCAUCAUCAUGAAAGGUUUCGACCAUCCCAACAUCCUGUCCCUGCUAGGCAUCAUGCUGCCUAAAGAAGGGCUCCCUCUGGUGGUUCUGCCGUAUAUGAAACAUGGGGAUGUGCGUCAUUUCAUUCGCUCUGACAAAAGGAACCCAACAGUAAAAGACCUGAUUGGCUUUGGGCUACAGGUUGCCAAGGGGAUGGAGUAUUUAGCCCAGAAGAAAUUUGUCCACAGAGACCUGGCUGCACGUAACUGCAUGCUGGAUGAAACCUUCACAGUGAAGGUGGCUGACUUUGGCAUGGCGAGGGACAUCUAUGACAAGGAGUACUACAGCAUUCAAGAUCAAAAACGGGCAAAGCUACCAGUGAAGUGGAUGGCCAUUGAGAGCUUGCAAACACAGAAGUUCACUACUAAGUCCGAUGUGUGGUCAUACGGUGUCUUGAUGUGGGAGUUGUUGACCAGAGGUGCCAGCCCAUAUCCAAACGUGGACCCCUAUGACAUCACACAUUACCUGUUGAAAGGACGUCGGCUUCCACAGCCACAGUUUUGUCCUGAUACUCUCUAUUCUAUCAUGCUGACAUGUUGGGACCCAGAGCCUGAGUGCAGACCUACCUUCCAUAGCCUUGUUACAGAAGUACAACACAUCCUGUCCUGUCUGGCAGGAGAGCACUACAUCAGUCUGAAGGUUACCUAUGUCAACUUAGACCAGCCAAGGCCUUACCCUUCGCUGACUGGAUCUGCAGAUGAGGCCGAGGGUUCAGACUUGGACACAGACAGUUAUGCUGUCAGCUGAGGGUCUCGAAGCCCUAAGACUCUCUGACAGGAUUACAGGAUCCUGGUCAAAGCAUACAGGAAGAUGGACAGCUUGCCCUGGAUCCAUUUAUAUGUGACAUAAAUUCUUGAUCACAUUUACAAACCAGAGUGCAUGGAAGUUUUGGCUACUGAAGACACUGUAGUACCUUAAACUCUUGCUGGAGUAGAGACAAAAUCACACUUGAAGUUCUCUAUCCUGUUCCUACAUAUUGUUUGUAGCAAAAUAUACAUAGCAUGUCGAUGGAAGGUUUUUAUAAAUCAUCAAGCACAAGCGUGAAUGAGACAAAAUGAAUGUAGAAUGUGCUUUUGUUCUCAGAUUUGUAGAAAAGGAUGUCGGGGUACUUGAGAAUAUUUUAUGCUGUUAUACGUAGAUAUGUCUCUAAGUCAGUGUUUUAGACUGUUAAACAUGGGAUUAAUGAAUACUGACUUGAGCUCAGGGGUCAACAUUUUUUUCUUUUUUUUGGUCAUAUUUUUCUAAAUGCAUAUGAAAUCAGUAGAUUAACCCAAUCUACUCAGAUUUAGAGCUAUCGAUAAUCAAAAAUCUCUGCAUCUUUUAAAUUAUACAGUGAGGUUUCUGUGCUGUGCACAUUGCAGCUGAGGCUUGGAAACACAGCCAGUAUGCUUUUCACUAGGUACCUGUCAUUAUCACUAGAGGGCACCCAAGGCAUCCUUCUAAAGCGUACACACUCGCUGCUGCAGUGACGCUCUGCACUACAGCAAACCGAUCAACACAACAAGGUGUUACACAAACCGUUCACCUGAAUCUCAGACAUCCACACUUGCUGUUUCACUGAGCAAAUGUAACAAGCUCAGUCUGUCAACUCAAUCAACAUAGCAUUACAUUGUUGUUCAUAAUUGUUCAUAAUGCACAAUUUGGGAAAUUGUACACAGUUUCUUGCAUUUAAUUAAAAUGAUCUCCACUGCUGAUUAGACAAGGCAUUUUAGAAUGUAUGCACUGAUUUUUCAACUUUUGGACUGACGAUGCAGUGUGGUUAAACCAACCAAAGAAAUAGUUCAUGUCAUCCAACAAUCUUUCUACCAGACGUGUACUUGAUAUUUUUUUGUUAAUGCUACAUUUUCUCUUCUUCCAUCCAAGAUCAAACUGGUGUUGCUUUGCUGUACAGUAGGUUGCACUGUAAAGACUGUUUUUAUACAGAUAAAUGGUUGCACAUAAGCAUGUCAAAUGUCUCCCCAUACUUUUUUUUUUGCCUAAUUCUGAACUAAUACUAAAAAAAAAAAUCUGCUGCAGAUGAGCAAAUGAGACAGUUCUACCUGAAAACCUCACCUAAAAUAUUAUUUUUAUCUAUUUUAAUGGUGUAGUGGGGGAAUGCAGAUCACUACAGCAAGAGUAGUCACGAAAGAGGAUCAUCAAAGUUGCUGAAGAAAAAAGACGCUGAGUGUAAUGACACAGGUCUCAGGCAGUAGCUCUGAGUUCGUCCUUGUCUUCUGCCAGGUGGAGGAGAUGAAAAACACACACGGUUAGAGGUCUGAAUUAUGUCAGCUCAACCAGAGUGAAAACUGCAUGCUUCCACCUAAUCUGUGUAUCUAGCAUUUGUAAUACUCUCUAUGAAUAAUUUAUGGGUCUAAAAAAAGAUUUAUUUUUUUUUAUCCCUUGCCUUCAGGUACUGAAAAGGUGGCAGUAAUAAUGAAGCUCUAGUUGUGUUCAGAUGGAGCAGGAUUUGAAAAUGAGGUGAUGUUUCAAGCUGUUGACUGAACAGAAAGCCAAAAUUAUGGAUAUUUUUUGCUGUGAAUAACGAUGAGAGAGUUGCUUUUAUUUAAGUCAUGUAAAGUCAAACAGGAUUAUCUGCUCUUUCAAUUUUUAUCAGCACUAAGAAAAAAAAAAGAUCUGGCUACCACUGAUUCAAUCCAGAUUGUUUAUAAAAAACGUAUUUAUAGACGGCACACAGUGAAGAAGAACUGGUGCAGUGGGGAAAACAGAGGGUUAGACAUGCAAUAAAUAUUAUGAGACACAGCAUGUGCCUGCACCUCAGCAUGGUAUGACAACCAAACUGUUCUGUCAAGUUCUAUAAAGGCUCCCAGAUGCCAUGAAAUAACCAUAACUUAAAAGCAAGUCUCUCACUUGAUUUCUGUAUAGAUUUAUCCUCAUUAUAGUGUCAGCUUGCAGAGUAAUCUUGUAAUUAACCGACCAGUGCAGUCUCUGGGAUUGUAUGAAACCAUUGGCAUUUCAAAUAAAAUUCAGCAUGAGACAAGGAAAUGAAAAAGGGAAGAAUGGCAUCGGCAUUGGAACUGAAAAAACCCUCCUGGCAUCGAAAAAGCUGUUUGAAUUGCA